AUGGAAAUGACUCGAGAUCAAAAAGGAGUCCUUCACCUGGUUCUUGAGGGGGCGUCGAUUUUCAUUGGCGGUGAGGCAGGCACAGGAAAGUCCUUUUUAUUGGUCGCCAUUGCUUCUGCACUCUCGAGGAAAGGCCUGCGCGUUGCCGUCACCGCCUCCACCGGGAUCGCCGCGCUGAACAUUGGCGGCAACACUUUCCACAGCGAGCUUGGCAUUCCCCUUCCGACGCCGGAUGAUAUCAUCGACGCGGCGCUCAGCAAGUCACGGCAAGACAGGAGUUGUUACAACGACGACGACGCCGAGGACGUCUCCGGUGAGACAGAAGAUGACGCUGCUCGCAGCGUCCUCGUCGAUUCCAUACCAACAGGCAGUUGUUCUCCGUCGCGACAGCCUCAACGACUUCAAUUCAAAAACACAGAAGUGCUGACCUCCGUUGAUGUGAUAGUGCUGGACGAGGUCUCGAUGCUACACGCCGGAUUUUUGGAGGCACUGGAUCGUGCGCUGCGGCGUACAUCGGGCCGGGACGCGCGACGCCCUUUUGGCGGCGUUCAGAUGAUCCUCUCGGGUGAUUUUAUGCAGCUGACGCCGUUCGCGUCGCUGGACCGGUCCUUUGGCUCGUCUAGGCGAUCACCGCGAACACUUUCAGAUGAGGCGUACCAUUGUAAUCGGAAAGUGUGCCGGGGCGUUCAACGGCCUCUGUCAGAGUCUGCAAGUGAUUUUAAGCUGAACACAGAGCAUUCUAACGGAGCUAACGGUAGCAAAGGUGUUCAAGCACCGGCUACUGAUUCUUCCUCCACAGCUUUCACUGGGUCGUUUCAAGUUUCCCCCGAAUCCUCAUCGUUAAACGACCGUGUGCAGCAAUGCGGGCGUAUCCCACGGCGAAAGAAAGAGAUUUGGUACUACGACAAGCCCAUGUUCGAGAGCUGGUGCUUCCGCAAGCACCUCCUUCACGUGCAACUCCGCGACCCUCAACGUCAGAAGGAUGCAUCCUUCGCGGCGGAUUUGAAUGAACUGCGACGUGGCGAGCUACCCUUUCGGCUUUCUCGUUCAGCGUUCCUCAACUCCGUCGACGAGGACGCGGUGCGUCUCUUGCCUACUAAGGCUGCAGUGAAGAAUUUCAAUGACCGUCGCAUGUUGGAGCUGGGCGGGGAGAGCCGGCUGUUUCGCACGCAGCUCACGGUAACAGAUGCCACCGCAGUGGCGGCGCUCACACAACGCCCAUCACAGCAGCAGGGGGAUGUGAAAAGCACUUACUCCUGUCGUUCAGUUUUACUGGUGCAAUAUCGGCUACGCUCGCCGUCAAAGGCCGCUAGCUGUGCCGGUGCAUUUGGGCGGAAGUACCUUCUAACGAGCCAGGAGCUGCGUCGUACGGAGCGACAUAUUGAGAGGCAGUGCAAACUCCCUCCGCAGUCGUUGCGGCUCCGCGCACUGCCAGUGCCGCUUUCCUAUUCGACGUCACUCCGUACGUUGAGUCUGGAGUGCAACGCAGCGAGUGCUGCUGUGGCAGGCGAACGGCGAGCUGCGGUGAAAGCGGCGCUAGAGCAGUACAUAAUCCAGCAAGGCGUCGAAGCAGCUCCUCCUUCCUGUUCGCUUGAGUCCGUCAAAAAGUCUCCCAUGCAGUGUUCCCUGCUGUUUCCUCGAGAGAUUGUGCGAUUGGAGCCGGUGGAAUGGUUGCAGAUUCUGCGUCGUUUGCAGCCCGCGAUGCAGCAGGCCUUCCGCGAUGCCAUCCGCAAGGACACCGUACUGCAAGACAAGACGUUCAAGCUGGGCUGCCGUGUGAUGCUGCUGCGCAACCUGUCCACUACCUACGUGAAUGGCUCGCUGGGCACUAUUACUCGGUAUUUGCCCGUGUCGGAGUGUGCGUCGUUGAUGCCGGCGGACAUGAAGGCGACCACGGCGCCACACCUCACGCUGCCGCCCACCACGGCGGUGAUGAAGAACGAGCAGCUUCCUCUCAGAGACGACACCGCGGUGCUGCCCGUUGUGCGCAUGGACGCCGAUGGGAAGGAGGUGGCCAUCCCGUGGAUUGUGCUGCCGGUGCCGGUGGUGCACCACGAUUGGUGCUACCUGCUCCGUGCGACAUGCGUUCCGUUGACGCCAGCGUACGCGUUCACGGUGCACAAGAUUCAAGGCGUUACGUUGAAUCAUGCCGUAUUGUUUGAUGCGGACGGCAUGUUCCCCUGCGACCACCUCGUGUACGUCGCAGCAAGCCGGGUGCGCGAGUUUGCGCAGCUGCGCAUCAUCAACCUGACACCGGGAAUGAUUUCAGUGCACGUGCCGUCGCUGCAGUUCACUAACCAAAUCCCUACGGUGCAGACUGCACGGCAAACGUGGGACGCGUGGCGGGACACGCCGAACUCCAACGACUCUCUCUUCUUGCCGUCGUACACGCAGGCGCAGCAACCCUACGCCUGUGCGACUCAACCUGUUGUCAACGCAGACAUCCAAGGUUAA